AUGGCUGAGACCACUUGGACAGAAGCGGGAGAAGAUGGGCAUCUUAGAUACGAGAACCAUGACAAGGAUCGCCAAACUUUCUUAUUCAUCAACACCUAUCCCGCGGAACCUCCUGCCCAGUCCUUGCGACCAGAUCGACAGACAAUAGGUUCCCAUGUCCAAAGACGAAUACAUCAAGAGAAACGGAAACGCUCUUCAAUGUUUCUCCGCCCUUCUUGGAAAAGAGACCUAACAAAGACGAGUACAAAAACAUUCGUCCGCAUUGCUGCAGCACCAAGGCCUACUGAACCAGAAUCGGACAUUGAUAACCAUCAACAAGCAAGCAUAACCUAUGGUAAUCUUCUGCCUCUGUCGCCAAUGUAUGGAAAUUCCGAUCCAUUUAGCGCUGCAGCCAUAAAGAUUACAGCGACUGCACACCAGCUCUUAAAGCUCUCCUACCAUUGGCAGUUAUUCCUCGAUUACCCUGUCUGGGCCAGUGAGCUCUACAAUGAUGUUGCAUCUCAAAAACAAGAUGUUCGCAUACGAAUGCUUCUCAGCGACCCAGCAGCUCUCCAUUGCCUUUUGGCAUCUGGAUACUACAUUAGCUCGCAGGAAAGCCUCAAGGAUCUUCACGCUCUUGCUCACAAAACUCUUGCCAUCCAGCUUGUCCGCAAGCGUAUCACUGCACAGCCAAUGGUAUAUGUUUCCCACGCUGUAUAUCAACUUCUAGCACUGGAGAUGUUUUGUGGCGACUACAACGCUGCAGCUGGACAUCUGGAAGCACUACGGGUCAUUAUUGCAGCUGAUGAGUCCGAUAUCUGUGUAACUAUGCUACCACACUUAUGGAUCUCAGACGUCUGGCUUGCGUACCACCUCAAACGACGAACCACAAUCAAUAUUGACACAUGGGAUACACCUCUCCUCGCACAUCAACUUGAGGAGAAAUAUCUCGCGAUGUGUCAAUACAGCGAGAGCUCUUUUCCCAGUAUGUUGAAGUUCUACGCUGUGGAUGAUCCUCUUAUCGAGAUACUUUGCGAUAUAUGCAAAUGCAGAGCAUUGAGACGCUGGGCCUUGGGAGCUGGAAACUCAGACUUACGACAUGAGCUCAUUCAUUGGCUGCAUCUCAGAACAGCUUCGGUGGAUGGGCGCCUUAUCAACAGCCUCAACGACCGGAUUGAUCUAUCUUGCACAGAUAGCAACAAUGUAUCUGGGUUAGACCUCACGCAGGCGCAGAAUUUGGCAGUCAUCUUGGCCGUGAUAUGCUACCUCCAUGUGGAAAAUACGAAAGCUCAAUAUGGUGGGCCUGGUAAAGUGACGAUACACGCCAUGUUCGAGCCACUCUUACAACAUAUCUUUCGACUAUCGACCAUAUCAAAGACCAGCGUCAAGCAUGACCUCAUGUUAUGGCUUGUCUUCAUGGGUGCGAUUAAUGACACUCUGCUCCCCCAUACGCCAACUGCACAGUGGCCGUUGCAGGCGCUUCAGAUCCUGCAAUUUUCACUGGGUUAUCGAAGUUGGAGCGAUGUGCGCCCAAUACUUCGCAGAUUUCUAUACCUCGAAGGGAUGGAGGAGCUCUUGCGAAAUCCUAAGACAAACAGUCUAUCUAUAUAUCCUCAACAGGCAAUGGUCAAUCUCAUAGGGGACAAGUUCUGGGGAUCGAGCUGA